CUUCCGCCUUCCGCGUCGUUCAUUUGAAGUUGCCUUUCGUCAGCUCGUUUUAUCGCUCAUUCUCAUUAAUGCCUUUCUGAGUUCAUAACGACUGCUGCACAAGCACCAAAUAGGAGAGAGCGCUGCUACUGAGGGUGUCUUUGCAACAGUAGCAGUCCAUUAAUAUGGCGCAAUAAGGCCGAAGACUUCGUGCAAUUAUCGCCGUUGUGGGCGCAUCUUGCUAAUAAUUCGACAAUCCGACAAUCCCCCAAUUUGCAGUUUAUAUGAGCGGUACUUAUUUGCGAUAAUCUUUCGGUUGAGCUUGAGCUCGAACCACCAUCACCUUAUGGAACGACGACCUCUUGUAGGUGACAAAAAAGGACGAUAUCGGAUUCAAGUUGUGGGCAAUAGUGGUUCUGGCAAGAGCACUCUAUCGAAAGAACUCUCCUCCAUCUUAGGAGUCCCUCACUUCUCACUUGACAGCAUCUAUUGGCAACCAGGUUGGAAAACAACACCUCCAGAUGAGUUUAGAGCCAAAUUGGAGAACAUCAUCCACGAUAACGAGGAGAGCGGAUGGGUUAUGGAUGGGGAAUACGCGAGAUUAGGCGGUGCUGUUGUCACUGAAUACGCGACAGACGUUAUCUGGCUGGACCCUCCGUUAAUCCUCUACUUCCCCCGUGUCCUGAUCCGCACUUUUCGUCGUUUGUUUGGCUUCGAACCAAGCUGUAGUCCCGGAUGUCGGGAAAUGUUCUACGAAUCUUUCCUCACUAAAGAGAGUAUCCUUUGGUGGUGCCUUACUAAUCAUGCACCGACUCGUAAGAGAUGGGAGGUACGAUUGCCGGUGAUGGGUUUGGGGGAGGAAAAUGUCCCUGUCGAGGAUCAAAAGUUGAGGAGGAUUGGGGGUUGGGGAAGUGAGUUGAGGGAGUGGCUUGGAAGUGUCAAGAGAUUCCUGCGACGAUGAAAGGAUGAAGUGACGGUGAUGAGAGCUAAUUGUCGAUUAGCUAGUCCUGGAUGUUAGUAAUACUUAUUGACCCACUUGAAUCGGAUUGAAACUGCUU